UAUAUAUGACAUUUGUGGUGGUUGACGUUUUAUUAUUAUAUAUUUUUAUUUUUUUCUCAAAUAAAUAACUGUAUAAAUAUAUUAAUGUUAAUUUUAAAUAAUAGGUUUAAAGAUUAAAUACAAAAGUUAGGUGUGUAAAAAAAAAAUAGUCAACACAAUGACGGAAGAAGAAGAUGAAAAGGAAUAUCGGUGGGAGACCGGUUACGAAAAAACUUGGGAAGCAAUUAGAGAAGAUGAAUAUGGUACAUUGGACUAUUCGGUGGCGGAUAUUAUCCUUAAAGCCAAGAGAAAACGGCAAUUGGAUAAAAAAGGUGAUUCUAGAUUGGGAAUGAUGAGACAUUUGUACGUUGUUCUUGAUUGCUCGGAAAAAAUGACAAAUGAAGAUUUACAUCCAACACGAAUGAUUUGUACCUUAAAGCUUAUGGAAGGUUUUAUCGAGGAAUUUUUCUAUCAGAAUCCAAUCAGUCAAAUUGGCAUAAUAGUAACAAAAAAUAAACGAGCUGAAAAAUUAAGUGAUUUAACGGGAAAUCCAAAGAAACAUCUUAAAGAAUUGCGAUCUUUAAAAACUGCUUCGUGCACUGGUGAACCUUCACUACAAAAUUCCAUAGAACUCGCAUUAAAAUCUUUAAAAUUGCUACCAACUCAUGCGACGAGGGAAAUUCUUAUAAUAAUGGGAUCUCUCACUACAUGUGAUCCAGGCGAUAUCGGUGAUACUAUACGGAAUAUGAAGGCGGAAAAUGUGAGAUGUAGUAUAAUUGGUCUUGCGGCGGAAUUACACAUUUGUAAACGAAUGGUGUCAAUGACUGGCGGUGUUCACAAUGUUGUUUUAGAUGAUAAACAUUUUUUGGAACAAUUAAAUGUUCACAUUGAUCCACCGCCAGCAGCAACACGAUUAGACGCCGCUCUUGUAAAAAUGGGAUUUCCUCAUCAUGCCCUCCAAUCGUCAACUGCCGAAGUUUCCAUGGCUGUUUGCAUGUGUCAUGCAGACGAUAUGGAUGAAUCGGACAAGAUUUUAAACACAGGAUAUCUUUGUCCUCAGUGUCUCAGCAAACAUUGUGAAUUACCUGUUGAAUGUCGAGCUUGUGGACUUACAUUGGUUUCAGCGCCACAUCUCGCAAGAUCGUAUCAUUAUUUAUUUCCCGUUCAACGCUACCAGGAAAUAUUAAACGAAGGCAAAACUUCCCAUUGUUUUAGUUGUCAAAAAGAAUUUGGUACCCUCGACAAAAAGGUAUACUUUUGCGAAAGAUGCCAACAAACAUUUUGCAUAGACUGCGAGAUAUUUGUUCACGAGUCACUUCACAUGUGUCCUGGUUGUGCAACAAAUCCACAAACUUAUGUGACUCAAUUGGCAAAUUCAUCAACGGCAUAGCGAAAUUUUAAUAAUAAUCAAAUCUUCAUUAAUAAUAAUUAGGAAAUAGAAAAGUUUUCUUGUUUUUUUGUUAUUUAAACAUAAGAAACGGUAAUUCUUUUUUCAUUAAUAAUUAAGAAAAAAUUGAAAACAUCCUUUUAAUUAUUAAUUUAAAAAAAAAAAUUAUUCUUCAUUCAACUUGAAGGUAAUAAAAUAUUAAUAAAAUUUUAUUUUUUUACAUUCUCACCAUAAAUGAGAAAGUAAAUUGAAAUUUGCAAUUAUAAAUUGAUUUUGCUUUCGAUUGAUCGAAAUGAUUAAAUUAAUAAUUAAGAGAAGGAAAUUGUUUUUGUAGAGAAGAAAAAUCCUAGAAUUCUAAGAAUAAUGCAAUUAAAAUUGCGCAAUUUUUUCUUCUUUUUUUUUAUAAAUAAAAUAAAAAGAAGUAUUUUUUAAUUUUUGUAAUUUUGUGCAAAAAAAAAUAAAAAGCGAUACAAGAAGAAUAA